AUGUUCGACUGGAACACCACCGUCGGGCUCGUCCGCACCGGCAAACUCGAUCAACUCGUGCGCACCCCAAGGGUCGCCCAGCAAUACCGAGUCUUCCGCGAUGAGCUGGCUCGCAAGGGCUCCUCCCUGCUCAACAACAUUCUCGAGAACCGGCUGCAUUGGUCCGGUGAAAGUCUGGCAGGGCUCGAAGCCCAAUACCCAGACUGCGACCGGCAAGCGGUCGCGUUCUUCUCUAGACCGGAUCUCUAUGCUGUCCUACCUAACGAUUUCCCCUACGACCUCGAGGCCGACGUUCAUCACCUCGUCGUGUGGAGCAAGGUGCGGAUCCCACUCUACAAACAAGACAAAGACGAUCCCUGUGCAAUGGACCUUGUGGUCCGUGACAAGAUCGACCGGUUCCUCCAACACAACCUGGCCCGCUACGCGCUGACAGAGUUCGUUUGGUUCAUCAACUACCCGCAUUUGCAAAGCGUGAAAACCGUGUCACAUGUUCACGUCCUCGUGCGCGCCCACCAACGCAAUCCAGUGAUCCAGUUACUUGCAGAAGACGAUUUUGAGCCUGUAGGCGAGAGCUAA